UUGGCGGCAAAAAGCUAACAAAUCCAUCGAAAAAAAAUUCCGAACAAUUUUCAGACACGUGACCCCCCAAAGAUUGCCCCAUUCGUCAUUUAAACAUUAUUAAAAUAAUAAUAUUUCCCUCGAAAACCAUUGCCACCUGAUAAAUAACGGUAAUUAACCGAGAAAGAGGCGAGAGUUAUGAGUCCACCGACUGAAACGAAAGAUGAGGCUAAAGACAGAGUUAUCGAGGGCAGAGUGACGAGAAGAUCGAUCCAACAUCUUCCAGAGCACCUCAAGAAGGAAUUCCUUAAGGAGGAAGUUGUGGAUAGAGACCCCAUAAUAGAGGAAUUGCCAGAGAUUCUGUUCAAAGGAAAAUUGUACUAUGUCACGGAUUUCGAGGGUUGUGCAAUGAUCUGCGAUCAAAUUAUAGAGAGGAUUGAGAAGCAUCCUGGAGUGAUCGUACCCAUUGGAUUCGAUCUGGAGUGGCCUUUCAGCUUUCAAACUGGCCCUGGCAAGACUGCACUGGCACAAUUGUCUGUUUCGGAGAACACCUGCCAUUUGCUGCAUAUCCAUGGGCUCGAUAAAUUGCCAGCGGGGUUGGUUAUCCUGUUGAGUCACCCGAGGGUUAAAUUAGUUGGGGUCAACAUCAAGAAUGACAUUUGGAAACUGGGUCGAGACUUCAAGGAAUUCCCCGCGAAAAAAGUAGUAGAGAACAACUGCAUUGACUGUGGCCCCCUAGCCAACGAAAUCUACAAGAGAUCCUGUCGUUGGAGUUUGGAGCGUCUCACCGCUUACAUUUUAAAAAAGAAAAUAAGUAAGGAUGACAAAGUUAGAAAAAGUAAAUGGCACAUUCUCCCACUCAGCGAGGAGCAGAAAACUUAUGCAGCCACUGACGCUUACGUCUCACUGCUUCUGUAUCUGACGAUCCAGAAGAAGGCAAAGGAAUUGACCCUGGAGAAGGAAAAAAACUUGAUGAAAUCCUCCGAUCUCCAGGAAAAUUGAUGCC